AUGUUUCGUUGUGUCAUUGGAUUUUUGUUUAUACUUUUCACUCGACCGUUGGGCUUGCGCACGUCGUCAGCAAACAUCGCACGCGCAAGUGGUGACGCGUUUUUCAAACGAAAAACGCGCACGAACAAUGGAACAAAAUUAAAAUUAACUGUUCGUAAUUGGAAUGAGAAUGCUUUUUACUGGAUAAAAGACGGAUUUGGAACUUUCAUAGUCUUUGUAUUUAUUCUGUGGUUGUGUUUGAAAACUGGAUGUGGUUAUCAACGACAUGAAGCUACCUCGAAUUUUGUUAUUAAUUCUGAGGUUACUGUGCUACCAGAGAGAAUGUGUUGGCUUUGGACAGCUACCCGAGAUCUAAAUUUACGGAAGUUUAAUUACCCGCUGAAAUAUCGCUAUGGAAUUAACCUACAAAUUGCCCGCAAAACACCUCAUCUUGUUUUCUUAAUUCUUCUUGCUGGUGAUGUUGCGACAAACCCAGGACCUUUGACGAAGUCCACGGAAAUGAAUCCUGCCCAAGGACAUUCUUUUCGCCGUCAAACGGAUGCAUUAAAUGUAUUGUACCUUAACGCGAGAAGUUUGAAAGCGUUUGUUCCAUCAAUUACGGACUGCACAUCAAAACAAUGCAAGAUUACCUAUCUGCAACAUCUGGUGUACAGUGCAACGUAUGACAUUGUAUGUAUUUGUGAAACAUGGCUAAACGCAACGGUCUUGAGUAGUGAACUGUUGCCUGGUUACUCCAUCUUCCGGCGCGACAGAGUGGGAAAGAUCGGUGGUGGCGUGCUUGUGGCUGUAAAGAACAACAUACAUGCAACUCGUAGACUUGAUCUUGAAAAACAAAACACAGAAUUUGUCGUUGUCGAACUUGCGCUGCAGAAUUGCAAAUCAACCUUGUUAUAUACCUUCUACCGUCCUCCUGACUCUUGUCCUGAUGCAAUACAACACCUGAAUUCAUCUCUUCAAGAUGCUCCCGAGUCUAGUUGCGUUAUACUGAUUGGAGACUUUAACCUUCCUGCAAUUAACUGGUCACUGGAUCAUCCAACCCCUACAGUCAACGGCAGUCAAUUAGAAGAGAUAUUUUGCGAUUUAGUUGGUGAUCAUUUUCUGCAACAAUUUGUUACUGGUCCCACCCACGUCAGAGGAAAUACACUCGAUCUAUUGUUAUGUAACUGUCCUGAGAUCGUAAAAAAUGUAAUGACAUGGUCACCAGAUCAAUAUAACUUUCCUUCUGAUCACUACAUCGUCGAGUUUGAAAUUCAGCAAGCAUUCCAUCGUGCUAACGCA